AACCAAGAGCAAAUGUCCAACGGCAGCUCCGUCAAUGAGUUCCUCCUCCUGCCAUUUGCAGACACACGGGAGCUGCAGCUCUUGCACUUCUCCCUCUUCCUGGSCAUCUACCUGGCUGCCYUYSUGGSCAACGGCCUCAUCAUCACAGCCAUAGCCUGCGACCACCGCCUCCACACCCCCAUGUACUUCUUCCUCCUCAACCUUUCCCUCCUUGAUCUGGGAUCCAUCUCCACCACUGUCCCCAAAUCCAUGGCCAGUUCCCUCUGGAACACCAGGGCCAUUUCCUACUGGGGAUGCAUUGCACAGGUCUUUCUGUUUGUCUUUUUCAUGUCAGCGGAGUAUUAUGUUCUCACCAUCAUGGCCUAUGACCGAUAUGUUGCCAUCUGCAGACCCCUGCACUAUGGGACCCUCCUGGACAGCAGAGCUUGUGUCAAAAUGGCAGCAGCUGCCUGGGCAUCUAAUUUUCCCUAUGCUCUCCUGCACACUGCCAAUACAUUUUCCAUAUCACUCUGCCAAGGCAAUGCUCUGGGACAGUUCUUCUGUGAGAUCCCCCAGAUCCUCAGGCUCUCCUGCUCAGAUUCCUACCUCAGGGAAGUUGAGCUUCUUGGGGUUAGUGUCUGUUUAGCUUUUGGGUGUUUCAUCUUCAUUGUGGUGUCCUACAUGCAGAUUUUCAGAGUUGUGCUGAGGAUUCCCUCUGAGCAGGGCUGCCACAAAGCCUUUUCCAUGUGCCUCCCGCACCUGACUGUGGUCUCCCUUUUUCUCAGCACUACAGCAUUUGCCUACCUGAGGCCACCCUCCAUCUCCAUGCCAUCUCUGGAUUUGGUUGUAGCUGUUCUGUACUCAGUUCUGCCUCCAGCACUGAACCCUCUCAUCUACAGCAUGAGGAACAAGGAACUCAGGGAUGCACUGAACAAGAUGAUUCAGGGACAGCAAUAA